GGCCGGUGGCUGCCAUCUCUCUCUCUCUCUCUCUCUCUCUCUCUCUCUCUUUCUCUGAAUUUCUCUGAAUUUCUCUCUAUAGGUUGCUUAGUUUUAGCAUAUUUCUUCUGAAUCAUUUGCUUGUAGAAAAGUACUACUUCAUUCGAUUAUCUUCUCGAGUGAACAGUAAUGGCGGAUCAGCUAACGGAUGAUCAGAUCUCUGAGUUCAAGGAGGCCUUCAGCUUGUUCGACAAGGACGGCGACGGCUGUAUCACAACCAAGGAGCUUGGUACUGUUAUGAGGUCGCUAGGUCAGAAUCCAACGGAGGCGGAGCUUCAGGACAUGAUCAAUGAGGUCGAUGCUGAUGGCAACGGAACAAUCGACUUCCCAGAGUUCCUAAAUCUCAUGGCUAGGAAGAUGAAGGAUACCGACUCGGAGGAGGAGUUGAAAGAGGCAUUCCGUGUGUUCGAUAAGGAUCAGAAUGGCUUCAUCUCCGCUGCUGAGCUGCGCCAUGUGAUGACCAAUCUCGGCGAGAAACUGACCGAGGAGGAGGUGGAUGAGAUGAUCAGAGAAGCCGAUGUGGAUGGCGAUGGCCAGAUUAACUACGACGAAUUUGUCAAGGUCAUGAUGGCCAAGUAAAAGUCAUCAUCAUCCUUCCACUAUCACCAGAACCAAAAAAAAAAAAAGUAGCAAAAAUAGGAAGGGCUGGUUAACUUCUAUUGGAUCCUCCGGGUUUGCCGUUCGAAUUUAAAUCCAAAUCUAUGAUAGAAAAUAGUGUCUGCUCUCUGUUUCUUACGUUUUCAGUUUGAAUGUAUCAUCAUAUCAUGUGACUAAGAAAAUGUGUCUUCGCUGUUCUUCCUUU